CUUAGUAUCACGACUCUUGUUGUACAUCCGUUGGAGUGUACUGUGUACCCCUACGAAUUCACCGAUAAUCAUUGGAAUAAUCAUCGUUCGUGACAUAACCUACAAAUCGUCGUCAUGGCAUCGUUAUGUAAAACCUGUACGGAACCGAUUUUGAAUACCGAAUUCAUAAAAUGCGAUGGAUUGUGCAAUCAACAUUUCCACAUGAAAUGUGCCGGUGUAAAUAAGUCGACGCUUAACGCAAUUGUGGGAAACCCAAAUGUACAUUGGUAUUGUCAUACGUGUAACAAUGACCGAAUGGAUGUUUCAUCUUCAAUCAACAAUUUGAAACACUCGAUGGACCAUCUGACUCAGUCAUUAGCCUCUAAUUUGAGCGACUUCACGAACGGAUUUAGGAUAAUAUCAGAAAACCUUGUUGCAAAUAUAACCAGCCGGAGCAAUCCGAAUGAAUCGUCAAACGUGUCAAGUCUAUUAUCAGUACAAGGGAGUGGAUCGAAAAACAACAAAAAGCGACAACGCGAUGAAUCUGACGAGAAUUCAUUGCCACAAAAGAGAAUAAUUUUGGGAUCUAACAUGAGAGACAGAUCCAUUGCUGCUGUCGAUUCUUCUAUGGACAACGUCGUGAGAAAUAGCGAACGCCGUAAAAGUGUUGUUGUUUCGAAUAUUGCACAUAACAUCACUGCUGAAUACUUAACGUCAUAUAUAGCAGCGGAGUUAAACGUUGCAAUGGAAUCGAUUCGUGUCACACCUGUCAACAGUAAAUCAACGAGAAUCAACGCACUGCAAUAUAGAGUAUCAGCGCCUGAAAGAAAUUUCAAUGCUCUUAUGUCACCUGAAACAUGGCCAAAUAGUGUUAGAAUCCGUGAAUAUAUGUUCAAGUACCAGAAUAAGAAUGCUACAUCGAUGAACCAUUUUUUAGAGAAACGAACAAUGAGCCAACAACGCCAAGAUUCUAUUGUCAGCACGCAAGCCCCAAACGAUCAUUCAACGUCUCCAGCCUCCACGAUGUGUAUAAACGAGGAAAUGUCAGAAUCGGAAAUGGAUCCUGCGAAAGUGUCCGAACUGACCGAAUAA